AUGGUGAAAAUCGUUGACGAGCUCAAUGCACAUCAACCACAUCAACAGCAUCAACAUCAGCAUCAACAUCAGCAUCAUCAUCAACUGCAUCAAUUGCAUCAUCAUCACCAUCAUCAUCAGCAUCCACACACACAUCAUCCACAGCCAGCAAACACCGUCGGCGCAUUGAAUCUGAAUUUGAAUCUGACGCCGGCAACGCUGCUGAUGAAAAUGGCGCGAACGCCGCAUCUGAAAUCCAGUUUCUCAAUAAAUGCCAUAUUGCCCGAAACGCUGGAGCAGGAUGAGGAGCAGCAGCAGCGGGACGACGACGACGAGGAGCACCAGCAGCAGCAGCAGCAGCGGGAACAACAUCAGAAAUUUAAAAAUAACAACAACAACAAUAAUAAUAAUAGUUCACCACUGAUCUCGGAGCCGGAUAGCGAUGUGGAAUCGGAUUUGGAUGUGACUUCGAUGUCGCCAGCGCCACCUGUCGACGAAGCCGAAGAUGAGGAUGCAGAUGCCGACGCGGAUGUGGACGCGGAUGCGGAUGCUGAUCCCGAUGACGAUGUGGAAUGUGAUAACGAUGGUGAUUCAGAAACAAAGUCAACGGAUGGCAAACCCAUCAAGGAUAAGAAGGGCAACGAGAAGCCGCCGUACAGUUACAAUGCGCUCAUCAUGAUGGCCAUCCGGCAGAGCCAGGAGAAGCGUCUGACCCUCAACGGGAUCUACGAGUACAUCAUGACCAAUCAUCCGUAUUAUCGCGACAACAAGCAGGGCUGGCAGAACUCCAUCCGGCACAAUCUCAGUCUGAACAAGUGUUUUGUGAAGGUGCCGCGACACUAUGACGAUCCCGGCAAGGGUAACUACUGGAUGCUGGAUCCAUCGGCGGAGGAUGUCUUCAUUGGUGGCUCCACGGGGAAGCUGCGACGACGCACCACCGCCGCCAGUCGCUCCCGAUUGGCGGCAUUCAAGCGUUCGCUAAUCGGACCGAUGUUUCCCGGCCUGGCAGCUUAUCCACAAUUCGGACAGUUCCUUGCCUAUCCACAGGCGGCGCCCAGUUUGCUGGCCAGCAUGUAUCAGCGCUACAAUCCCUUUGCGCCAAAGAGCCCGGUGUCCAUGGUGGGUCAUCCGGCUGCAGCGGCAGCAGCUGCCCCGCCUCCUCCGUUCGUCAGUCCGGCAAGCAGUCAGGAGCUCUAUCAGCGUUUGCAGUAUCAGCAACUGUUGCAUCAACAUGCUGCCGCGGCGGCAUUAGCCGCACACCAGCGUCAACUGAGUGCGGCGGCUGCGAUGCCAACGGCGCCGGCGCCACAACCACAUAUGACCCACCUGGGACAGCCGCCCUCAUCGCCACCCAUUCUUCAUCAUCAGCUCGAGCAGCAGCAGCAGCAGCAGCAACAGCAGGCGCACAGUGAGGCAAAUUCGCGUUCGCCCGUCACAGUGCUCACACGCAAUAGCUGAAGGAUCGCUCCUCUGCAUGCAGUGUAGUUAGUGUAUAAGUAUAUCGUUGUACAUAGGAACAGCCGCGACUGAGGCGCCUAGACGCUUGUAAAUAGACAGAGAUAGAGAGAGAGAGAGAGAGAGAGAGGGAUAGAUAGAGAGAAAGAGAGAGCGAUAGUUCUAAUUGUAACUUCGGCUAGCCGAUGCUUAAAUACCCUUGCAGCAGUCAAAAAUUAAAAUAUAAUUGAUUCCAAUAUAU